AAAUCUCAGCCAAAAUGCAAACCCAUGGUAUCUUUUUUCUUUGAAAAUUAAAGUAAAAAAAAAACAUAUUCAUGUCUUUUAAGUUUCAAUGGUCUAUUUAAAAGAAGGCAAAGGUUUUGGGCAAUUGUGCUCCUUAGAGCAUCGGUCUUUGUCCCACACAUUCUCUCUCCUCCAAUAUUCGUUGUUGAUUUCAAUGUAUUUUUUUGAAGUAUUUUGAGUGAUUAUAAAAGAAAAUGGGAAGGGCUCCUUGUUGUUCUAAAGUUGGGUUGCAUAGAGGUCCAUGGUCCCCUAGAGAAGAUAAAUUGCUUGUCAAUUACAUUCAAUCUCAUGGUGAAGGAAAAUGGAAAUCACUUCCUAAGAAAGCUGGGUUGCUUAGGUGUGGAAAGAGUUGUAGGCUUCGGUGGACGAACUAUUUAAGACCGGAUAUUAAGAGAGGUAACAUAACACCCGAGGAAGACGACCUUAUCAUCCGAUUACAUUCACUUCUCGGCAACCGAUGGUCACUCAUCGCCGGCAGACUUCCAGGUCGAACCGAUAACGAGAUAAAAAACUACUGGAACUGCCAUCUCAGUAAACGGCUUUUAAACCAAGGAACCGACCCCAACACCCACAAGAAACUAUCACAACAAGCCACGAACACGAGAAAGAACAUCAGUGACACAAGCAAAACAUUUUCCGAGAGACCCAAAAUUCAUCUCCCGAAACCCAUUAGGGUUACCAAAUCUUCUUUCCCAAGAAACCAAAGCUUCGAAUUGGACAACCACCAAUGCAAUGCGAACACCCAAGCAGGAGGAAACCCUUCGUCGGACUAUGCCUACGCCGCCGACCAUGGUGGUGAAAACAUGAGGGGGUUUCUGGCCGAUGACCUUGAUAUUCAAUUCGAGUGCGAGUCCACUGUGUUGGUAAGUGAAGAUGAUAGCUCAUCAUUAGAGAAGCUUUACGAAGAGUAUCUGCAGAUUCUGAACCAAAACGACGAUGACGAAAUGCAAUUGGAUACUUUUGCUCAAUCAUUAUUGAUCUGAUUUUAGACAAAGUGUGGGAGACAAAGAAAGAAACAGAGAAACACCGUACGUUGCUGUCUUAUGUCGUGCAUGUCAACCGGUUAAAGUUGGUUCAACUUUUGAAUCUUAAGCUUUCACGUGCCUACCUUUCUAUCAACUGUUCUAUAUAAAUUGAAAAAAUAAAUAAAAUUCCCACCGUCCACGUA